UAAUUGAUAUUUUGUAUGAAUUUAUUAUAAAUGUGGGAUGAUUAUUGAUUAAAUCGGUGGGACGCCAGUAAAUUACUGUAAGCUCCUCGAGGUGACAGAGCAGCGAUUUCUUCAGGCAUGAUGAACAGUGAAGGAAGGUCAUCAAACAGCGCCACCACCAAUACCGUUUCUCUUUAUGAUGGAUUACAAACAGGACCAAAUUCUUACAUUUCAUCCUCUACAGAUCCUGAAACAAGAUGUAGUCAUGAUUCUGAUACAAUGAGUCGAAAACAAGAGCUGAGGUGCACAUUAGCAGAAGAAAAUACCAAUCCUAAUGAAAGUCCUAAGCACAGAUACAAAAUCCAACCUUCUAAACAAUGUCUGACAGAUUCAGUGAUUAGCCCAGCCUCUUCCACAACCAAUAUGACAAACCAUGAGGGGUUGCUUGAGGACAAAUAUUCCCAAAUAUAUAAGCCCUGUGACUGUUCCGAAUCACAAACUUAUUUAGGGAAAAUGCACAAUAUUGUAGCAAGUCCACAAUCCUGCUCUUGGGAUGAAAUGGAGCAAGAUACAUACAUCAGUACAUUGCAGGACACAUCUUAUAAUCAAGAUGAGGCUCCAUGCUCCUUUAAGAUCAUUGUGAUGCCACCCAAGAAACAUGACAGAAGUACCUACAUCUGCAAAGAAUGUGGACAACACUUCACAAAAGAGUCAAACCUUAAAAAACACACUGAACGCUUAUCACAACAGCUAGCAGAACCUUAUUUCAAAUGCAAAUAUUGUAGUCAUGUUUUCAAGAGCAAGGAAGCACGUAAGCGCCAUCACCCAGUCCACAAAGUGUGCCCAACCAUUGGCUUCACUAAAGUGAGGUGUUCAGUGUGUGGUUUCAUGUUCUCAAGUAGGGAAAAGCUUCAACACCACCUCCAUCGGUUUACUGAAAAUCCUGAUGAACGGAUCUUCAAAUGUUUUUUUUUGCAGUCAUGCCUUUACUACAGACUUCAGCCGUAA